GUGGAGAAAGAGAAGAGGAAUAGAGGAGAAAACGGGGAGGAAAAGGAAGAGAGAAAGAAGUAAAGAAAAAAAAUCCUCAUCAGAGAAGGGAAACUAUCCUCUCAUAUCCACUCCGAUCCUCUCCGAUCGCUGGAAUCGUCGUAGGAUCGAUCAGGAUCGGGGAAAUAUUAGGUCCUGUUUCAUUUCAUACAGAUUCCGCGUUUGAAUUUUCUGACAGGGAUUGAGAUGGAUGAGUGGGGCGAGGCCAAAUCCUCGUCGCAGAAGGAAUGCGUGCAGGUUGCAGUUAACAUCCGACCAUUGAUCGCAUCGGAGCUCUUGCUGGGAUGCAGAGAUUGCAUCACAGUUGUCCCUGGCGAGCCUCAGGUUCAAAUUGGAGCUCAUUGUUUUACUUUUGAUCAUGUUUAUGGAAGUUCUGCUAUUCCUUCAAUUCACAUAUUUGAAGAAUGUGUGGCGCCAUUGAUUGAUGCAAUUUUCCAUGGCUACAAUGCAACUGUUCUAGCUUAUGGACAGACUGGUUCUGGAAAAACAUAUACAAUGGGAACCAACUUCAAUGGUGAGAGUAAUAGUGGCGGGAUUAUACCACUGGUAAUGAAUAGUAUUUUUAAGAAAGCCGGUGAAAUGAAGAAAGACACUGAGUUUUUGAUUAGAGUUUCCUUUAUUGAGAUUUUCAAGGAAGAAGUUUUUGACUUGUUAGAUACACAUGCCAAUGCUACUUUGAGAAAUGACAACAAUUCUUCACUUGCCAAACCAUCUAGACCCCCAAUUCAGAUUAGAGAAACUGUCAAUGGGGGCAUAACCCUUGCUGGAGUUACUGAAGCAGAAGUUACAUCGAAAGAGGAGAUGAAGUUAUAUCUUAUGCGUGGAUCUCAAUCUCGUGCCACAGGAAGUACUAAUAUGAAUAGUCAGUCAAGUCGUUCACAUGCCAUUUUUACAAUUUGCUUGGAGCAAAAAAGAUAUGCUGAUUGCAGUAGAGAUGGAUUUGUUAGUAAUGAUUUUGGUGAUGAUAUCUUACAUGCAAAGCUUCAUUUGGUUGACCUUGCUGGAUCAGAACGUGCAAAACGUACUGGAGCCGAUGGGAUGCGUUUGAAAGAAGGUAUACAUAUAAAUAAGGGCUUGUUAGCUCUUGGUAAUGUGAUAAAUGCCCUUGGUGAUGAGAAAAAGAGAAAAGAUGGGGGCCAUAUCCCUUAUCGAGAUAGCAAGUUAACACGUUUGUUACAGGAUUCUCUUGGUGGAAAUAGCAAAACUGUUAUGAUUGCUUGCAUUAGCCCUGCUGACGCAAAUGCUGAAGAGACAAUAAAUACUUUAAAAUAUGCCAAUCGUGCAAAAAAUAUACAAAACAAGGCAGUGAUAAAUCGUGAUCCUGCAUCAAUUGAAAUGCAAAAAUUGCGCAGUCAAUUAGAGCAGCUACAGUCAGAAGUUCUAUUUUAUCGUGGCAACAGUGCUCCUUUUGAGGAACUUCAGGUUCUUCGUAAGAGAAUUACUUUGCUUGAAGCAAGUAAUGCCGAGCUCCAUCAGGAGUUAAAAGAACGUCAAAUUACUUGUGAUCAUUUAUCAAAAUCCGCUUUAGAUGCUCAGGUUGAAAAAGAUAAGCUAAUUUUGAAGAUUGAAUCAGCACGUAAUGGAAAAUCGUGGGAUGAGAUUGACUGUGUAGAAAAUACGCAGAAUUUGGACUUGUUGAUCGGUUAUGCAUCAAGGAUUCAAGAGCUUGAGACAGAGCUGGUGCGAGCUCAAAAUUCAUGUAAUCCUAGUCAAAGUGGUUUCAUGGAUUGCCUUGGUUUAGAAAAAGAACAAUUUUUUCCAAAUCUGCAUGGGUUAGAAUGUAUCCCUGAUGGGAGGACCAUAGAAUCUAGCGAGGCUGAAUAUGAUGAAAAAGAAAGGGAGCAUUCCUCCCUACAGGAUAGAUUAGACAAAGAGCUCCACGAAUUGGAUAAAAGACUCGAACUAAAGGAGGCUGAAAUGAAAAGGUUUGCCAAGGUGGAUACUUCCGUACUCAGGCAACAUUAUGAGAAGAAGUUAAUGGAACUAGAACAUGAAAAAAGGGAUUUACAGAAUGAGAUAGAGGAACUUCGCUUUAACCUUGCAAAUAUAUCAUCCACUUCGGGUGAUACUGCGCAAAAGUUGAAAGAAGAAUAUCUUCAUAAAUUGACUAUGCUCGAAUCACAGGUGACUGAACUAAAAAAGAAGCAAGAGGCACAAUCUCAACUCUUAAGACAAAAACAAAAGAGUGACGAGUCUGCAAAACGACUUCAAGAAGAAAUUCAAAAGAUAAAGUCUCAAAAAGUUCAAUUACAACAGAAGAUAAAGCAAGAAUCUGAGCAAUUUAGAUCAUGGAAGGCUAGUCGGGAGAAAGAAGUUCUGCAGCUUAAGAAGGAGGGACGGAGGAAUGAGUAUGAAAUGCACAAGCUUUUGGCUUUGAAUCAAAGGCAAAAAAUGGUUUUGCAACGAAAGACUGAAGAAGCUUCUAUGGCCACAAAAAGAUUAAAAGAGUUACUUGAAGCUAAGAAAGCUUCCUCUAGAGAGUCUUCAGGUAUUGGACAUAUUAAUUCUUCUGGAAUUCAGGCUUUAAUGCAGGCUAUUGAAGAUGAGCUAGAAGUUACUGUUAAGGUGUAUGAGGUUCGUUUAGAAUAUGAGCGUCAAAUGAAAGAAAGGGCUACAAUGGGAAAGGAGCUUGCUAGGCUCAAAGAGGAAUCUGAAAUUGCUAGACAGAAAAUUUUAAGCGAUUGCCCCCAAACAAUGUCUCCAAGUGCUAGAAAUUCAAGAAUUGCAACACUUGAAAACAUGCUAGCUACUUCAUCUAGUACCCUUGUUUUAAUGGCAUCAGAGUUAUCGGAAGCAGAGGAACAUGAUCGGGUGUUUAGUGGUCGAGGAAGAUGGAAUCAAAUUCGCUCAGUUGCUGAGGCUAAAACUAUGUUGAAUCAUCUAUUCAAUUUAGCAUCAUUAUCAAGGUGCCAAUUGUGGAAGAAGGAAGUUAUCUGCAGGGAGAAAGAUUUUCUAAUCAGUGAAUUCAAAGAGAACAUAUACAGACUUAACAGCCUAGUUAGACAGCUUGAAGCCGAAAAAGCUACACAAAAUGAGACUGAUAUAAAGAUUCCACAAAAAUUCAUAGUUUUGAAUAAUGGAAGAGAGAGUUGUGGCGAGGAGGAUGCUGAUAUGGAUACUUCAGACUCAGAGGACAUGCUUGACAUGGAAAGUGAUGAGUCUGAUGAAGAUUGGGUGGAAUCUGGAAAGGUUACAAUAAAGAGAAGAUCUAGGGGAAAGAAGUAUAAUGUUGAAGAUGAAAACAAAGUUUCUGAAAAUGAUGGCCGUUUUUGCUGUUCAUGCUCAAAAAACUCAACUUGUAAAACAAAGAAGUGUGAAUGCCGACACAUCAGUAAACCAUGCAGUAGUCAGUGUGGUUGCAAUGCUUCGAAAUGUGCUAAUAGGGAAGAUUCUUUCUCUAGUUUAGAUGAUGAGAAGACCAUGGAGUUAGUUUCUCAAGGAACAUUGCUCCUUCAAAGUGCUUUGGGUGAGAAACCUAAGAUAGAUUGCUGUAGCCUGCAACAACGUAAGCCCCUAUCUGACAUUGGGAAUGCACAGGUUGACCCAAAAGCAUCAAAACCAAAAAAGAGAAAAAAUUGGGGUAAAUCAACCAUUCAACUUGUUGCAGAACCUAUUGAAUCCGUAGCACCUCAACCAAAUGAAGUUCCAGACAGGGAUGACAUAAUUCUACGUCUCCCACGAUCAAUGGAGACAAUUUCAUUGGAAAGUCAUCAACCAUUUAUUGACAGGAGCUCUCAUAGAAACGAUGAAUCUGCGAAUAAAAACAAGGAAAAUAGUGGGGCCGUUGUUGUUCCUCUAAGAACUGAUGAGAAGGAAAGCAGAAUUCUAUGAUCUUUCUCUUCCUUUUUUUCCGGUUUAAAGUUUGAUAUGAAGUAUUUGCAUGAGAGAAGCAGGUUUUUGAAUAAUGAGCCUGAAUAAUGUUUGUCUUAUGAAUCUUCAUAUAUAAUUUGUUCAACCUUACAAUUCAUUGGUUCAUUGAACUCCAUUUUUGACAGCACUUCAUAUAUAAUUUGCUGAAGCUCUGUCCAGCAGCCCCAUUGAUACUGUGCCUGUUGCCUAGAGCGGUUCCGAUAAUAAUAUUGGAACUUAUUUUGUUCAGAAGAAAGAUCAUCCUUGCAUUCAAUUAAAAACUCCAAGUUUCUUUCCAUAAAAGGUGCAGUUGAUAGUUUUAGACGAUCAAGAUCACACCGGACAACUGGAGAAUCAGGCUCUAGUUCUGUCAUGAAUGCACUAAUAAGUGCAGAAUUAUAAACCUUAAUAGAUAUCUCCUCAAAGAUAUCCACCCAUGACAAUUUCUUCUCCCUCAAAUUCUCUCCAGUAAAACU